CAGCCACCAUGUGCCAACCAUGCUGAUGCUGAGUCAGCGAUCUGGCCAAUGAACUCCGACUCGGGCGCAGUGCCGCAGCGACCAAUGGGCGGGCGGCAAUGGCGCCGAAGGAUGCCGGCAGUGGAGCCGAAGCAUUACAUGAUUACAUGAUGGGCGUUCAGCUCUCGCUCGCUGCAGCACCCUCCGUCAUCCCACCUCCCCUGUCUCUCCUCCCCUUCUCACUGCUGCCUGCCUGCUGUCCUGCUGUCCUGCUGUCCGAGUCCCGGUGCCCCUUCAAUCGCUGGAAUAUCGCGGGUUGUGGCUGACCACCACCUCUGAGCCCUCUCCUCCACAAUGCCUCGGUGGAAGCGCAGUAAAGCGCAUCCCGAUAAGGACUCUGACAACGUCGGCGGCAGCUCCGGCGCUUCCUCCGACUCUCCUCAUAAUGCCCUUUCCACCGCCGUGUCUUCCCUCCGUGCGGUUAGUGGCAGUCCACCCGUUCCGAUGAGGGCGACAGCAGUAACACAAGGCCAGGCACCUUCCGACCCCGAGACCAUUCGCAGGCUGGCGAAGCAGCACGCCGAGUUCGGAUUCCUGGGCGAUCCGUCCCAUCUGUACACGAGCGAGCACCCCGGGGGUGAGAUCCCGGACCCGGUCAUCGAUGACCCGCCGUACUUCUUCGCCUUGACGACGUAUGUCAGCUUCCUCCUCCUGAUCUUCCUGGGCCACAUCAACGACUUCCUGGAUAAGUGGUUUCGGUCACAUGCUUAUCGGCACCUGCGGCCGCAGAAUGGGUAUGCGUCGCUGUACAGCGAUUUCGAGAGCUUCUAUACCCGUCGGCUGAAGCAAAGAAUCAACGACUGCUUCGAGCGGCCGAUCAUCGGCGUUCCGGGCAGGCAUGUCACUCUGCUUGACCGGACCACGGAUGACAAUCUUCAUUUCAGCUUCACGGGCACGACGACGGACACACUGAAUCUGAGCUCGUAUAAUUAUCUCGGUUUUGCUCAGUCGGAAGGGCCCUGCACGGACUUUGCCGAAGAGACGCUCCGGCGGGAAGGCAUCUGUAUUGCAGCGACUGCUGACGCAGGGGUUACGAAGCUGCAUGCUGAGGUCGAGGACCAGAUUGCCCGCUUUGUGGGCAAGGAGUCCGCCCUGGUGUUCUCGAUGGGCUUUGUGACCAAUGCGACGAUCUUCCCGGCACUUGUAGAGAAGGGAUGCUUGAUCUUGUCAGAUGAGCUCAACCAUGCAUCCAUCCGGUUCGGUGCCCGCCUGUCUGGCGCAGCCAUCCAGGUCUUUGCUCACAAUAACAUGGCCGAUCUUGAAAAGCGUCUCAGGGAAGCGAUCUCCCAGGGCCAGCCCCGCACGCAUCGGCCGUGGAAGAAGAUACUUGUCACUGUCGAGGGUCUGUUCUCUAUGGAAGGUACCAUGUGCAAUCUUCCUAGGAUCUUGGCUCUUAAAAAGAAGUACAAGUUCCAUCUAUUUGUCGAUGAGGCACACUCCAUCGGAGCUGUCGGGCGCCAUGGACGCGGAGUGUGUGAUUACUUCAAGGUGGAUCCGUCGGAAGUCGAGAUUCUGAUGGGCACCUUUACCAAAUCCUUCGGUGCCAACGGUGGCUACAUCGCCGCCGAUAAGGCCAUCGUUGAUAAAUUGCGCUGCACGAAUGCCGGCCAAGUAUACGGCGAAGUACCAUCCCUGCCGGUCCUGGCUCAGAUCUACUCAUCGCUCCGACUCAUUGCCGAUGAGGAUCCUCUCCACCCGGGUGAGGGACGGGAGCGGAUGCAACGACUUGCUUUCAAUUCCCGCUACCUCCGACUCGGGCUUAAGAGGCUUGGCUUCAUUGUCUAUGGCCAUGAUGACUCCCCGAUUGUUCCCCUCAUGUUGUACAAUCCUGCGAAGAUGCCCGCGUUCUCACGGGAAAUGCUAAAGCGCAAGAUCUCCGUCGUCGUGGUGACUUACCCUGCCACGCCCUUGGAGCUCUCCCGGGCGCGGCUGUGCAUCUCGGCCGCACACACCAAAGAUGACCUCGAUCGCAUCCUGCAGGCAUGCGAUGAGAUCGGAGACGCUCUGCAGCUUAAGUUCUCCUCUGGGAUUGCAGGUGGCCUGAGAGAGCCGCUGUCUCGGGACAACGGCUCGAAGGGACCGAAGUUGAUUGAGCCUCCUCGCUGGCCCCUGGAAGAGGUCAUUGCGAGAGGUACGCACGACGCGAACCAGCCUCUAUACUGAACGGACCGUCCGGCUCCGUGUGAUGUGACUAAGGACAAGCUAAUUUACGCCGCAUGAUGUCUUGGGAUUAUAUCAACUCGCUGGGAUCAACAAUGGUGCCUUCUUUUGGAUACGGAUACGAGUCUUGGGCGUUUUACCAGUCGUUUUUUAUUGUGUCUCUCGCUGAACAAAGGCAUGGCAUGGGAGACUGCCACAUUAU